AUGAAUUUCGGGCAGGUCCUAAAGGAGAUUGGGGAGUUUGGUUUAUUUCAGAAGCUUUUACUGACUGCAUUAUGCAUCCCCAACAUUUUUACAGCUUUUGACAUGAUUAGUCAGGUAUUCAUAAGUGUGAGCUUCCCUCAUCACUGUGAUACUGAAUGGAUUUUGGAGCAUGGCCCCAACUUGACACAUGAGAGGCAGAAAAAUCUCACCCUCCCUGUGAACCAGGAUGGAGAGUUUGAAAACUGUGAGAUGUUCACACCUGUGGAUUUGAAUUUGGAAACCAUUGAAGCAUAUGGGAUUAACAGUACCACAAAGUGUGUAGAUGGAUGGGACUACGAGGCACCCCAAGGUGCUUCCAGCAUUGUAACAGAGUUUGAUCUGGUGUGUGAGCAAAGCCGUUUGAGUGAAGUGUCACAGUCCACCUACAUGGCAGGUCUUCUGGUCGGGGCACUGCUGUUUGGGCCAAUGGCUGACAGAUUUGGCCGGCGCUUUGUCCUCCUGUUAUCAAUCCUCCUGCUGCUGCUGUUUGGUGUGGGUGCUGCUUUCUCACCCAACAUCUAUGUUUACAUGGUUAUGAAAUUUGUAUGUGGCUCCUCAGUUUCUGGAAUUAUGAUUAACUCUUUUGUGAUAGGGGUAGAGUGGACGGAUUCCUCUCGGGUUGCUCUCUUCACUUAUAUCCCCAUCACUUUCUUCCCCGUUGGACUGAUAAUGUUGUCAGGUGUCGCCUAUUUGAUCCGCAACUGGAGGAUCCUGCAGCUGGUGCUCUUCAGCCCUCUGCUCCUGGUUCUGGCAACCCUUUACUGGAUUCUCCCAGAGUCAGCUCGCUGGCUUAUAACCCAGGAAAGGAAGGAGGACUUGCAAAAAGAGAUCAGGAGGGCAGCCAGGGUGAAUGGGAGGAUGGUGCCAGAAGCUCUGCUGGAAGAGCUGCGGGUUGAGGGUUUAUCCAAAAAAGGAAGCAUGCUGGACAUCUUAAGGAUAUCAUAUUUGAGAAAACGCGCUCUCUUAAUGAGCUGUGUCUGGUUCGGAGCAAGUAUGGUAUACUUUGGACUGAGCCUGAGUGUUGGUGACUUUGGCCUGGAUAUCUACCUCACACAGUUCAUCUUUGGCAUUGUGGAAAUCCCUGCAUACCUGGUCAGUUUGGCUUCUAUUCAGCAUUUUGGGAGGAGAAUAUAUCAAGCAGGAGUCUUACUGAUUUCAGGCUGUGCUUGCCUUGUGAUUCCUGCCAUUCCUACCGACCUUCCUGUAGUGGUAACAGUCAUAGCAGUACUGGGAAAGUUUGUUGCCAGUGCCUCUUACUCCACAGUCUUUGUUUAUACUGCAGAACUGUAUCCUACUGUUCUAAGACAAAAUGGUCUUGGUCUAAACUCCAUGUGUGGUCGUGUGGCGGGCAUCCUCGCCCCUCUGAUCACACUCCUGGAUGUCUACCAUCACUCCAUCCCCAUGGUGUUAUAUGGCAUCCUCACUAUGGCUUCUGGGUGUCUCUGCUUUUUUCUGCCUGAGACCCUCAAUGUUGAACUUCAGGAUCAUGCCGAGCCCAUGUGA